GGAUAUAUAAGCGAGAGGGAAAGCUUCCUUGGGGCAUUCACUCGAGUCCGCCUUGGUUUUCACUCGCCUCAACCUCAACGCAGCUCAAAGAAAUAAAAAAUGGCCAUCGCCGGUGUCCUCAACGCUGCUGAAGUCAAAGCCGCCCUUGAUGGCUGCGCAGCUGCUGACUCCUUCAACUACAAGACUUUCUUCAAGGCAUGCGGCAUGGCCGGCAAGUCCUUAGAUGAGGUCAAGAAGGCCUUCGCCAUCAUCGACCAGGACAACAGCGGCUUCAUUGAGGAGGAGGAGCUGAAGCUGUUCCUGCAGAACUUCUCUGCUGGUGCCAGAGCUCUGACCGACAAGGAGACAGCAGCUUUCCUCGCCGCUGGAGACAGUGACGGUGAUGGCAAGAUCGGUGUUGAUGAGUUCGCUGCCCUUGUUAAGGCAUAAAUUUCCAUUGACCAAGAUCCACUUCAUUUCAUGGAACUGCGAAACUCCUUGCAAGAUUCAGUAUUCAUCAGCUGAAAGAAUAUUUUUUAUUACUUAUUUAUGAGUUGCCUGUGGAUUAUUUCUCAGCAUGGAACACAUAUUUUACUGUAAUAUAUUACAGGUGUGUUAUAUGUUCUGAAAAAUGACUUGUGCAAACUGUAAAACACCAUCUGCACUUUUGAGGAAGAGUGAAAAACCAGGAAUAAAUACUCUUUUGGUGUAAAUCAAA